AUUGUGUCGCUUUCAAACUUUUUUCUGUCGGCUCGGCAAAUGUCGGCCUGCAAACAAAACGUUGCGUCCCUAACCUGCCGCCAAUAUCUGAUCCCAAGUGCUAACUAUCGCAGUUGUUGUCAUUGUUGCUGUUGCUCUCGUGGUGAUCUGAUCAUCCACAAUGGAUGAUGAUGUGGUGGAGCUGAAUAACAUUGAAAAUCUCUGUAGACUUUGUCUAUCAACAGAAGAUCCAAAGUCUCCAAUAUUUGGGCUCCAGGAGUCUCCAGUUUCGCUGGUUGAAAAAAUUCAGGCUUGUCUAUCAAUCGAGAUAUUGUUAACAGAUAAGUUAUCAAAGUUAAUAUGCAUUAAUUGCCUGAAAAGUGUCAAUCAGUGGCACAAUUACAAGGAGUCAUGUCUCAAGUCCCAGGAAAAAUUACAGCGGUGGCUUGUCAAGCAAAUUAAUUCUGUUGCUGUUAUCGCAACAAUAAAGCCCGAGCCUCUGGACAUAGAAGUGUACGAAGACAAUAUCGAGAUCGUUGAAAUGUCCGAGGAUGAAUUGAAUAACGAGUUAUCAAACCGUAGUACAGAAUUACCAAACGAUAACGCUCUCCCAGAAUUAUCAAUACGUGGAAGCCGUCGUAGAUUAGACAUAAAUUUGCACAACAACACAGGUAAAGAUAACAAUAAAUAUAUAAAAUCAUGUAACCAAGGUUUAGUAUCAGAUAAUAAUGAUGAAAUAAAAUUAGAACCAACUGACGACGACGAGGACGAUAUCGAUUGUAAUGUUGAUGUUGAGUCAAUAAACGAGAAUGACAAUGAAGGCGAAUUACUACUGAAUCCAAUGGCACUCGGUGCCAGCAAAAACAUGGAACCAGACUCUACCCAAAAAUUUAACGUACGUGCGGUAAAAAAAAAAGUCCGCCGAGGUCCGCACACUCAUUUCCGAGGCCCAAAAGUAUUCAAACGCCGGUGUCCUCAUUGUCAGCUGACGUUGCACUCAAAAUCGUCGUACGCACGUCACAUAAAUCGUUACCAUCACGACGCCCAACUUCCGUCGGCAGUGACGGCCGCUAAUUCCACCGGAGGAAAUUCUCAACAUCAACAGCAUCAGGUUCCACACAACGGACUGCCCUAUUCAAAAGACGACGACAACUCAGCAGCCGAAGAAAUAGAAGACGUCGAAGACGAGCUGGUGAGUCUGGAAAAAGACGCGCCGCUGACCCAAGUCCAGGAGUCGAUUAUCAGUCAACUGAAAACUUUUUCUUGCUACGCCUGCCAGCAGUCAUUCAACGACAGACGCAGUACGUUAAAUCACAUACGUCAGCACAUGCCCGACUUGAGACCCUACACAUGCAUCGCAUGUCUCACUGAGUUUCCCGAUCGCUCGAUUUACAAACUCCACUGCGGCGCUUCAUUUGAAUGCGCGAUGAAAAUAGCACUCGUGGUGCCCAAGCACGGCACGGAAAAAUAUUUCACAUGCAACAUGUGUUUGAGACCGAUGCCGAACCGCAAAGAACUGAUAAGUCAUCUGUCAAAACACUCAGAUCGUCAGUACGAGCAAUUGACGGCACCGUCAGCCAGCGGCGGUUCAAAAAAACCGCCAAAAUUAAAACCCAUUGGGUCUAGUUCUAGAUCAGCGAAUGCUUCAACUUCAAAUUCCACCUCCACCUCCACCUCCACUGCCGCUAAAUCGGCUGCGGUUUCGACCACAAUCGGGCCCUACAGAAAUGGAGACCCAGCUCACAACCACACCUGCGAUUACUGCGGUAUGAUCUAUCGUUACAAACCCAAUAUGUUAAAACACCAGGACUUGUGCAAACGUUUGCCUCCCGAGGAACGAACUUCUUACCGGUGCGUCCACUGCGGGAUGACAUUUUUGGUCUUCAAAAAAUUCCAGUCCCACAUUACCACUGAGCACAACAAAAAAGAGCUGAUAUGUUUUGUGUGUAAUGCGAAAUUUCGGUACUCGAAUGAAUACUUGAUCCACCACCAGAAGCAUCGGAUGAUAAACAAAGCCGCGGAAACUCACGCGUUGAAUCACUGGAACAAAACGGUCACGAUGAAAUACGGGUGCGCUGUUUGUCCAGAGCAAUUUGACACCAAGGCGGAGCUGAAUGACCACCGGUCAGUUCAUCUGAAGGUAAAGAUAUUUUCCUGCAGCAUCUGCCGGCGGAUGUUCGGAAACUCCCAGUCGCUGCAGGAGCACGUCAAUGAAGACCACGCACUUGAAGUGGACCCGAAUAUAUCAGCGAUUGACUUUCUCGAUCAAAGCACCGAGCUGCCGAACACCAGUGGCUGGUCCGUGAACACCGACCCGGGGGUGCGCAGCACCGAGUGCACGAUCUGCGGGAAAGUAUUCGCGAAUUACCCGAACUUACGCCGGCACAUUCGCUCGGUUCACGCCGCCGACGAACGUUUUAACUGCAGCAAGUGUUCCAAGACGUUUAGCAACGAGGCUGAGUUGAGUGAACACACCGACAGCGCACAUGCCGAGCAGGUCAGCAACCGCUGCAACUACUGCAAGAAAAAGUUUGACAGCAAGCACGGGCUGGACGCCCACCAGCGCAACGCCCACGGAAUAACCGACAGUAAAUUGGCCUGCGAUAUCUGCGGGAAAGAAUUCGGGAACGAGACGUCACUGAAAAUCCAUCGCGGUCACCACUUCCGGCGGGACUCGCGUCUCAGUAUCCGGAACAUGCCCCACCCGCUGGACCAGGUCCAGGUUGAAAUAAACGAGGCCGAAGAACCGGAAGUCGUCAUCAGUCCCCGGGCCGGCCGGGCCAGAAAAUCUCUGUCGAAUACUUCGCUGUCUUCGUCACCGAAAAGUUCAUCGGAAUUGAAGUGUCAAGUUUGCGAUGACAAGUUCACUGACGUCCACGAUCUGCGCAAGCAUCUAUGGGAUGUCCAUUGCGCUAAAAAUAAACCCGAGAAGUCUUUUACUGACGACAAUAAUUUGCAAUGCGAGUUGUGUACAAAUGUACUGCCAGAUGACAAGAGUCUCGAUGAACACAUGAAGUGGCACAAAGACAAUCCCAUUUUGUCUGACGGCCUGCAGCGGCCUGUUGACAUCUCCUGUGACGUCUGCGGUAAAUUUUACAGCUCGACGAAAGCUCUUUGGAAGCACAAAAAACUCCACAGCAAAACCGGCGUGACAAUUAAAUUCCAGUCGGUUAAAAAAUCACAGCCUGCGCAGUACCCGUGUCCGGUUUGCCGCAAAGUAUUCGGCAAUGAAACUUCAAUGAAAAAACACAAGGCCGCGGCUCACUAUGCGCGUCGCAGUGUCUCUGUUGUGACAACGACGACACCCAAAGUUACGUCACGCAAAUCGUCUAAUGACGAUGAGGUGAAACCCAAAAGACCUAAACUAGACUUUGAUAUCAUCAGGAAAGCUUACAAUCUUGAGCCAAAUAAUUACAACGCUGACGUCAGUGGGGGUCCCAGUAACAGUAAAAAACCUGUGUCUUGUGGAAUUUGUAAAAAAUUACUGCCCAGUUUGAAUUCGCUGUACAAACAUCGGCAGAAUGUCCAUAAAAACUUUAGCAAGUCAUUGGAGAAUAAUGACGACAACAGCGCACGUGGUCACAACGAGCAUGACAAUGAUGAUGAGGCUGUCGAUAAAUCCCGGGUGCCUUGCACUGAGUGCGACAAAAUAUUUUCAAAUAUGUCGAACAUGAAGCAGCAUCUGACGAAAGUACACGGCAAUGGAAACAAAUAUUACUGCGGCGCUGACGGAUGCAAUCAAUUAUUCAACUCGCCUUUGGCUAAACAGUUGCACGAAAAGUCACACAUGAAUGUACUGUACAGAUGCACUAUAUGUUCAAGGCACAUGUUUUUACGUAAUGCGAUAAUCCAGCAUCUCGUGACGGAGCAUAAAAAUGACUACUCACCGGGCACUGAAAAAAGCCUUUACAAAAAAACUGACCUCAGUAAUUACCAAGUUCACGGAGCGGAAGGACGCGUAUGUCCGAUUUGUAAUAUUACUUACCCUAAUAUUAAAGCCAUGAAAAUUCAUUAUGUUAAAAUACACGAAAAUAGUUAAGAUUUGGUUUAAUUUUAUUUAUUAUUUUAAGGGCAGACACUGCCCCCAGUUUUUUAAAUUUCAAUGACUCGACUGUCGGCUGCAUUCAAAUUUUAUUGAUUAAAAAAAUUAUGAUACUGAAGUUAGCCGACGUCUAAAAAUUUUUGGAUUGUUUUUCUCUACGAUAAAUUAAAAAAAAAAAUAUUUGAAAAAAUUGCACCUAUAGUUUUUUGAAUUUUCUAAAUGUGCAUAUUUUUA